AUGCAAUUGUGUCUCCUCCUCAUAUGGGCCCAGAGCCUGAGACAGGCUCCCCUUCCCGCCUCAGGAGCUGUGGCAGGGAGUAUAGUAACAGCAGGGAACAUUUCUGCAGAGGAAGGUGGUUCUGUCACUUUACAAUGUCACCUCUCUUCUACCACGGCUGCAGUGACCCAAGUCAACUGGGAAAGGGCAGACCAAACUCUGGCCAUUCAUCACACUGACUGGGGGUGGCACAUCUACCCAGCCUUCAAGGAACGAAUGAUGCCGGGGCCUGGCCUGGGUCUCACACUCCAGUUGCUGACCAUCAAUGACACUGGGGAGUACUUCUGCAUCUAUUAUACCUUCCCGGAUGGGAUUUACCAAGGGAGACUCUUCCUGGAGGUCCUAGAAAACUCAGUGGCUGAGCACAGCACAAGAUUCCAGAUCCCCUGGCUUGGAGCCAUGGCAACAGUGCUGGUGGUCAUGAGCACAGUAGUCAUCUGGGUGGUCAUACUUGCCAGAAAGAAGAGAUCUCUUCAAAUCCAUUCUGCAGAAAGUGGCCUCAGGAGAACACCCUCUGAACAGGAGGAUUGGAGUCCCAGCAUUCCCUCGUUCCCUGGCAGCUGUGUGCGGGCAGAAGCUGCCCCUGCUGAACUCUACAGAGAGCAGACGGAAGAUGACUGUGCUGAGUCGCAUGACUACUUUAAUGUCCUGUGUUACCGAAGCUUGGGGAAUUUCAGCUUCCUGGUAGAGACUGGUUAG